AACCCUGAAAGCCGUAUGUGGAUACCGCCCUCUCACUUCACUGCGCACACACACCAUCUACACAAUAUUUUACACACGUCAACUUAAACACAACAAAACCAAAAUAAAUGUAAAAAACGAAAAAUUUCGCCAACAAAAAUUAAGUAAUCAAUAUAAAUUAAUCAUACGAAGACAAGGGAUGGCAAGCAGCGAAGAGACAGCGGCGUCACAGCACGAAAAAUCUAACAGCGAAAUGCGAACAAAAACAGCAACAGCAACAGCUGCAGAUAAAGAUAAAGAGACAGAUACAGAUAAUGAUAAGGAUAAGAAUAAUGAUAAGGAUAGAAACAAGGAGCUGUCGACAAAGGAGGCAUAUUUUGCCAGCCUCACCGAAUGGGCCAAACAGGCGGCGCUCAUCCAAAUGUUUCCCAAUUACCUGCUCGCCAACUACAAUUAUCCACAAUUGUCGGGAUUUCCCCCAACUUCGCUGCCUGCAACUGCUCCUGCUGCUGCUCAUUCUCCAAUGAACACUGAGCAAGUGCAGCCAAAUCGUGGGCAGGCAAUAAAUGUGCCACCAGCAAAUGUGCCCAGCUUUAGUCGAUUUCGUGUGCUGGACGAAGUGCAGCAACAAGAGAUUAUUCGACGCGUCGGCGGCACCGAGAUGAUUGUGGCGCCCUUCUGGAAGAGAUUUGUGGCUGAGGCCAUUGAUAUGUUUAUAUUGUUUGUGUUGAAAAUAAUUGCGACUUUUGCCCUGUUUCAUUUGUUCAAUUUGGAUUUCAAUGAUCUGUUCGAUGAGAAUGUCUUUGUGAGCUUUAUGGAUUUGACGACGUAUUUCUUUUCCAUGUCCUCGGAUCUGCUGUUGAUUGAGCUGCUGACGAAGCUGAUGGUCUGUUGCUAUGAAUGUCUGUGGACGACGUUCUUCGAUGGCGCCACACCGGGGAAAUCCAUCAUGAAGAUACGCAUACUCUAUGUAGAGGCAGUGUUGCCGUUGCAGGCGCCCAUUAUGCCACAAUUUGCAUUCCAGGCGCAAAGGGAACCGGUGCGUGCUCUGCUCUAUCCGGCGGAGGUGCCCUCGUUGCUGAGAUCGCUGAUGCGUGCCUUUGCCAAGAAUCUGGUGAUGACGCUGCUCUUUCCUAUCUGUGUCCUGAUGAUAUUCUUCAAAAAUAAUCGCACUGCUUACGAUAUAUUUACCAAGACCAUUGUUGUCGAGGCCAAUCCCAGUCCGCAUCCUGCUCAACGACCACACCAGCAGUAGUCCGCAGAGCACUUCAUCCAUGGUGGCAUAUAAUUCAUUAUUAACCCAGCUAUAAAUAUAUGUUCAAUGGGUAUCUGGUCGCAUCCCAAGUAUCAAGUUAUAAAGUAAAGUUAAAUAAAGCCAAAAUGUAAAUGAA